UUUAUUUGACAGAAACAAAAGCAUGCAUGUUCCUAGCUUUUAUAAGUCAAUCUCUUCUUCAAAUCUCUCUCGUCUUGACUAUGCACCAGGAGGCUUAAACCCUCCUCACACUCACCCACGUGCUACCAAAAUCGUCUUUGUUCUUGAAGGAACCCUUGACGUUGGGUUUCUCACAACGGCUAAUAAGCUCAUCUCUCAAUCUCUUAAGAAAGGAGAUGUCUUUGCUUUCCUUAAAGGGCUUGUCCAUUUCCAGAAGAACAAUGGUCAUGUUCAUGCUUCUGUUGUCGCAGCUUUUAAUAGUCAGCUUCUUGGAACUCAGUCUCUUGGUGCUACUUUGUUCGGCUCUACUCCUCAUGUUCCUAACAAUAUCUUGUCUCAAGCCUUUCAGACAUCUCCAGGAACUGUCAAACAUAUCAAAUCCAUGUUCCAACCCAAGAAAUGAUCUUAAAAUUCAUUACUCAUACAAAUUUCCAGUUUCUUCCUUUAUUUACUUGUCUUGUGUGUAAUAAACUAUGAGUGCGAGU